AUACUGAGACAUAGGGCCUAGAGACCACUUUUGUUUUAGAAAACAAGUUUAAGCGUGAAAAUUAAAAAGACGGAAUUCCUUUUCAAAGAUUAAUCUAGAAAAAUAAACCAUCCUGCUAAGAUAAAGAACAAAAAUGCCUAAAAUAUCUGAACAUGAGGAGAAGAUGAUUCGUCUUCAGUCUCAAGUUCGUCUAAAUCAGACUGAGCUACAGGACUAUUUGUCUGAUCUGAAAAACUGGGAGAAGGAUAUCAAAAGAAAAGAGGAGGACUUGAAGUUGGGCAAGACAGAUAAGAGUGAAGAAUUGCCUCCUGUACGGAAUACAAUACACAAGAAAAAGUUGAAAAGAAAAAAGAAGGAAAAGCCAGUGAAUCAUGAGAAGCCUAAAAAGAUUAGUGGUUUUGAUUUCCGUGCUUGGGAUAAAUUUGAUGUGGAAAAGGCCUUGGAAGAAGUUGACAAAGAAGAUAAAGGAAAUGAAACAUCAUCUUCAGAGUAUGAGACAGAUGAAGAAUGGGAAUUUGAGAGGAAAAAGUAUUUAGCUGGCCUUGAGAAAGAUAAGGGAAAUGAAUUCUUCAAAAAUGGUGACAUAGAGAAUGCAGUUGAGGCUUAUACUAAAGGCAUCAGCUAUGAUCCAACAAAUGCCAUUCUGCCAGCCAAUAGGGCCAUGGCACUGCUCAAACAAGAAAAAUAUGGAGCUGCUGAGUUGGAUUGUACAACUUCAAUUACCCUUGAUCCCUUAUAUGUGAAGUCCUAUUUGCGACGAGCUACAGCUAGAACUGCCAUGGGUAAAUUUAAAGAAGCGAGCGAAGACUUUCAGAGAGUUUUAUAUCUUGAACCCACCAACAAACAUGCAGCUGCAGAGCUAGACAGGCUGAAAAAGGAGUUUGAUAGAGAAAAUAAAGAUCCUGUAUUAUCAAGUCUGAUUGAUGGGAAAAAGGGAAUAGUAAAACCAGUGUACAAGCCACCAGAAGAAAGAUCUAAGGUUCCAUUAAGACAAGUCCUUAUUGAAGAAGUAGGGAUAGAGGUGGGCAGCAGGCUGCAAUGUCUCAACAUGGAACAAAGUGAAACAGCAAAGAAGCUGGCUGAGCAGGAGGGAGAAAAAUUUGAUCAGCUUUUCCUGACCUCUGAGUCAGGUGCUUCCUCCAUUAGUAAAAUAGAAGAACUGUCUUCAACACCUUCAGAGAGUUUAGAUAAUAAAAGGGUGGGGUCAUCCUCAUCAGUGGACUCGUCUGUUCAGUCAUCUGACAGCAGUGAUAGAGGUCAGGCUGAUGUAAGAUCAGAAAAGUGUGGUGAUAGUACAAUCUCUCCGAAGAAAAAGGAUUCUUGUGAAAAUAGUUCAAACAAGAAAUUUUCUCCAGAGAUUGGUUCAGGUGACAGAACAGCUACUACUGCUCAAACUAAAGCUUCUCAGACUAGAGUGGCAACAGAAGCAAGCCCAGGUGACAGUUUUUCUGUACCAACUACAUCUUUUCAGUUCCAGGCAGAUUUCAAGCUGUUAAAACACAACCAGGAAGCUUUUAUUAACUAUUUUAAGGCCAUACCUCCUGCAAAAUAUUGUCAGCUCUUUGGUCAGUGUCUUGAUGCAGAAAUCCUCACCACUAUACUUACAAGUUUACAAACUAACUCAAACAGACUUGAUGAAAUCAACAUGUAUGACAUACUGAUCAAUUUGACCAAAGUCAAGAGGUUUUCAAUGACAGCCAUGUUUCUCUCCCAAAAAGAAAAACAAGUGAUUAAAGACUUGCUACAAGCCCUGGAUGAAAGCAAGAAAUAUUCUGAAAAUGAUCUGACAGCAUUAAGGAAAUGUUUUUUGUAACAUUUCUGUAUGUAAAUUAGUUUGCUUUGUUAUCUUCAUAUAAAAAUUGUUUAUUAAAAUGUAAUGCUUUGAGUUU